UGGGGGGGUUAAGUUAUGAGAAGGGCUUAUCUGCGAAAACGGCAAGCAGUUAAUGCCGAGAUCUCGGGCCGCAGGAAGCAGAAGAAGAAAAAAAAAAACAGAAGCCCCGAAUCGGCUCUCUUCUCUCUCUCUCUUUCGCCGUCCCGAAUCGAAGCCGUCGUCUCCCUCCGACUCCGGGAGCCCGACCCCCAGGAAGCGAAGCUGGCGCGGGAGGCGGCCGACGCGAGCGCCCGGAAGCGCAAGGCGGACGGCGGCGAGGACGCCGGCGCGGACGCCGCGGCGGCCCCGGUCCCCGAGGAGGUGGCCAUGGGCGACGCGGCGGCCCCGGUGCCCGACCCCGAGCCGCGCGUCGAGGGAGGAGGGGAGGGGGCGGACCCUAAGCCGAGCCGGUGCAGCCCGGAGCCCGUGUCCGUGGAGCUCUCGAUGGGCGGGGACUACUACUACCGCGCCUGCUGCGGCGACCCCGACCCCGACCCCAAGCCCGAGGGGCCCCAGGUGCCGUACGUCGGGGACAAGGAACCUCUCUCCGCCUUAGCAGCAGAGUUCCAGUCUGGUAGCCCCAUUUUACAGGAGAAAAUAAAGUUGCUUGGUGAACAAUAUGAUGCUCUAAGACGGACACGAGGAGAUGGAAACUGUUUCUAUCGAAGCUUUAUGUUCUCCUACCUGGAACAUAUCCUGGAGACACAAGAUAAAUCAGAGGUUGAGCGCAUCCAAAAGAACAUUGAACAAUGCAAGAAGACACUUAUUGGUCUUGGGUACAUUGAGUUUACUUUUGAGGACUUCUUCUCUAUAUUCAUUGAGCAGCUGGAAAAUGUUCUGCAGGGACAUGAAACUUCUAUCGGGCCUGAAGACCUUCUAGAAAGAACCAGGGAUCAAAUGGUUUCUGAUUAUGCUGUCAUGUUUUUUAGGUUUGUUACCUCUGGUGAAAUUCAAAGGAGGACCGAGUUCUUUGAACCAUUCAUCUCUGGCUUGACAAAUUCAACGGUGGCUCAGUUUUGCAAGGCCUCUGUGGAGCCAAUGGGCGAGGAAAGUGAUCAUGUGCACAUUAUUGCUCUGUCAGAUGCUUUAGGUGUGCCAAUCCGCGUGAUGUACCUGGACCGAAGCUCUUGUGAUCCUGGCAAUCUAAGUGUGAACCACCACGAUUUUGUCCCGGCGGCAAAUUCAUCUGAGGGUGACGCUUCGAUGACAUCCACUCCUGCUGAUGAGAAACCUUACAUCACCCUGCUCUACCGGCCUGGUCAUUACGACAUUCUCUACCCCAAGUGAUCUCUGCCAUGAUGAAACAAGGUUGGUCUCAGUGAAUUUGGGUUGAGAAAGCGCUGUCUAGAACUGUGUAGCUGUGUUGCCUUGGCCCUGCAUACUGCCAAAGGCAGCCUUAUAAGAGGGAAACCUGUGUGUUCGUGGAAGGCAACCAGAACAUGCUCUACUUGUCGCUGCCCUCUAUCUCAAAUUCGUAGUUUCCUUUGCUGUAAGUUUACUGUCGCACGGCAAUUUAGCAUUGUGUUGACUGUUGAGAAGAUCAUGUGGAUAUCAUUACUAGUCGUAUCUCUUCUGGACUAAAUGCUUUCGUCGAGGCAAUCAAUCUUUUUUAUAUAUGACCAGACCUGCUUUUGCUUA